AUGCACGACUGCACCAUAGAGGCCGGCUCCUCAGUCGCGCCUCUCCAGUCGAGCCUGUCGGGCGAGAGCGCGGAGGUGACCGGUCCGAGCUUCGACGAGCUGAUCUUCUGGUACAGGCCUUUCUUGAGGAUCAUCGGGCUGCUGCCGUUCGAGGCCCGCAGCUUCGACUGGUUGGGCAGCCGGCUGCACCUCGCCUACUGCCUCGCGUGGAGCACCGUCUAUUGGACCUCGUUCGUGUUUUACGUCGUCAACGGGCGAAGGGUGCCGGCGAUCGACACGAUAUGCGAGACGGCGGUGGUGGUCGGCGUGACCGUGCGCUACUACAUGCUGCUGUGGCGUCGCGGCGAGUUCACCAGCCUGAUCGACGAGUGCCGGGCGAUUUGGGCCGAGUACGACGAGGAGGGUCGUCGCGCCGUGCGGCUCUUCGCGCAGAGGAUACGCCUGCUGUUCGUGCUCCUGCUCGGCAGCAUUCACUUCACCCUGCUGCUGUUCUGCACGAGCACCGUGGCCCUCGUGCUCGGCGCGUCACGGCAGAACGACACUCAGCCACGCCACCUGCCCUACAAGUAA